UCCAAACCGUCCAUUUCCAGCUCCAUACAAUUCCCAAACCCAUCUCGCGGAUCGCUCCCAAACUUUCCCGAGAAAAAGCAGAAAGAAAAUCGACCACAAUGAGAGAAAUUUUGCACAUCCAGGGUGGUCAGUGUGGCAACCAGAUUGGGGCCAAGUUCUGGGAGGUUAUCUGCGAUGAGCACGGCAUCGACCACACUGGCAAGUACAGCGGCGACUCGGAGCUCCAGCUCGAGCGCAUCAACGUCUAUUACAACGAGGCAAGCGGCGGACGCUACGUCCCACGUGCCGUGCUCAUGGAUCUGGAACCGGGGACCAUGGAUUCUGUCCGAUCCGGUCCCUUCGGCCAGAUCUUUAGGCCCGAUAAUUUCGUCUUCGGGCAGUCCGGAGCCGGCAACAACUGGGCCAAGGGCCACUACACCGAGGGCGCUGAGCUCAUCGACUCCGUCCUCGAUGUUGUCAGGAAGGAGGCCGAAAACUGCGAUUGCCUGCAGGGAUUUCAAGUUUGUCAUUCUUUGGGUGGAGGAACGGGCUCUGGAAUGGGCACCCUUCUUAUUUCUAAGAUUAGGGAGGAGUAUCCAGAUCGCAUGAUGCUUACAUUUUCCGUCUUUCCUUCACCUAAGGUGUCUGAUACAGUUGUUGAACCAUACAAUGCGACCCUUUCUGUGCAUCAACUUGUUGAGAAUGCUGAUGAAUGCAUGGUUCUGGACAAUGAGGCCCUAUACGACAUUUGCUUCCGAACUCUGAAGCUUGCUACCCCUACUUUUGGUGAUCUCAAUCAUCUCAUCUCUGCUACCAUGAGUGGGGUCACAUGUUGUCUUCGGUUCCCUGGACAGCUGAACUCAGACCUUCGUAAGCUUGCAGUCAAUCUCAUCCCAUUUCCUCGUCUUCAUUUCUUUAUGGUUGGAUUUGCACCCUUAACAUCAAGAGGAUCGCAGCAGUAUCGUGCCCUGACUGUGCCAGAAUUGACCCAGCAAAUGUGGGAUGCUAAAAACAUGAUGUGUGCAGCUGACCCACGGCAUGGUCGUUAUCUAACUGCUUCUGCCAUGUUCCGUGGUAAGAUGAGUACCAAGGAAGUUGACGAACAGAUGAUCAAUGUACAGAACAAGAACUCCUCCUACUUUGUUGAGUGGAUACCCAACAAUGUCAAGUCUAGUGUAUGUGACAUCCCACCCAAGGGUCUGAAGAUGGCAUCUACCUUCAUUGGGAAUUCAACUUCGAUUCAGGAAAUGUUUCGGAGGGUUAGUGAGCAGUUUACUGCAAUGUUCAGGCGCAAGGCUUUCUUGCACUGGUACACCGGUGAAGGAAUGGAUGAGAUGGAGUUCACCGAGGCUGAGAGUAACAUGAAUGAUCUGGUUGCCGAGUAUCAGCAAUACCAGGAUGCAACUGCUGACGAGGAGGAGUACGAGGAGGAGGAAGAGGAGGUUGCAGCUUGAUCUAUGUUUAUAGGUUUUAGUCAGUUUGCGUGAGAAUUUUUAUCCCUGUUCUGGGCCAGUUUGCGUGAGAUUGUGAUGUUGUGAUGAUGUUUCCAUUCUUGGGCAGGCCAGUCAAGUUAGAUUGACAUGUGAAUUUUGUAUGUAUGUGUGUAGUGGCAGAUUCUAAACUCUUCCUUGAAGUACCGAACUAGUCUUAUAAUAAUUAAAUAUGAUUUUAUAUAUAUAUAUAUAUAUUUUCACGAUGUA